AAGAUAACCGAAAAUAUGCCGAUCGAUGCGAGGUGGUGGCUCAGCAAAAAACUCUCCGAGAAUGCAAAGUGCUUAUCAAAAAGGUCCAUCAGUCAUUCUGUCGAAUAAAUGGGGGCGCGGUUACUGAGUUCCAAUUGGAAGUUUCAGAUGUUCUCCCAUUAAAAACCAUUGACGCAUUGUUUGAUGUGGAGGAAAAACUACAAAGCAAUGAAUAUAAAGAGGAAAUGAUAUCUUACAUACUCACAUUGGGCGCUGCGUCUCGAAAUAUUGAUGGGACGAUAAAAAAAAAUGUUUUCGGACGAGUUGUUAAUCAAUUUUAAUUGGGAUGGAAGGUGUGGAAAGAGAGCGUUAAUGAA